AUCAGACGGCUUUUCGCUCGAAGCUAUGUUCCCGUCCGUACAUAGUACUCCGUACUUGUGCUUCUUGUAGAUCACCAACAAUGCAUAGACUCUAGGGUAUCAUUUGCCCAUAAUAAUCCUACUAGCGUCUAUCUACCCAUCCGGGCUCUGUGCCUAUGCAAGCGCCGGGAUAAAAAGCAGACCAGGCUGUGUUACUUUCAGAGAAAUAGCUAGGCUAUGGAUAUCUUGACUGCUUACUUGCAUUCAGACAAAGGAAAAAGGUGGGGGCCAAUUGCUCCCACCGUUGACUUCAUAUAACACCAUACUUCAACGGAUAUAAGAGAACGCGGCAUCAGGAGAAGUUUGCCAGUCUCACUCUUGGCUCACAAGAGAGAUAAACAUAUUCAAUUAGCGCCAUGUCUUCUUCAAUCCGCAUCGCCAUCUCUGGCGGUGGCCUGGCGGGCGCGGCCCUCAUUCAAGCGCUCCUCCCCCAUCCGCAUCUAGAUGUGCACAUCUUCGAGUCGGCCACAGCUUUCAAAGAAGCUGGUAUGGCCUUUGGAGUCGCUCGCAAUGCACUCACUGCUCUUGAUCUCAUCGGACCGUCAGCGGCACAAUGUCUCGAACGGGCUGGUGCCGUUCCCAUGCGAGGAGUCCGGUUCAUGCUUGCCCAAGGCGAAGGAGCUGGCAGCAUGAUCGAUGAAACAGACAACGAUGGACAGCGCGUCACCAGCAUCGUCCACCGUGCUGCUUUUCUGAAAGAAUUACUGGCUAAUGUCCCUCAAGAGCGCAUGCAUGCUUCCAAAAAGCUUGAUAAAUUUGACUGCAACAGCGAUGGCUCUCUUACGCUCCAUUUCACCGACGGGACUACCCACGAGUGUGACAUCCUCAUCGGCGCUGAUGGAAUCCGCAGCACUGUUCGCAGACUUAUCCUCGGAGAGAACGACCCCGCGGCCUCUCCCAGGAACACUGGCACGUGGGCCGUUAUGGCUUUGAAGCCGUAUGCCGCAGCUCAAGCCAGCAUCGGCGAGGGACCCGUCAACAUCGAGGAUGCCCGCGAGUAUAUGUGGAUUGGAAAUGGAGCUUACUUGAUGCACAACGUCUUAAACCAGGGCCAGCUGGUGCAGUUUGUCAUUGCUGUACACGAGAAAGAUGCAGAGUCAUCGGACCGCUGGCAUCGGACCGUGAGCGCUGAUGAGAUCAAGAAGAUCUACCAGGACUGGCCGCCGCAUCUAUACAAGGCUGUGACCGAGCUACUCUGUGACCAGCCCGAACAACCCGCCAUGUACCUCUGGGAACAUCCACCCGCGCGCACCUACGUCUCUGGCCCUAUCGCCAUCAUGGGAGAUGCUGCUCAUGCCACUUCUCCUUGGCAGGGAUCAGGCGGUGGCAUGUCCAUCGAAGAUACCCUCAUUCUCUCCACAUUGCUCAGCCACGCAAAGACCCCUAGUGAAGCGCAGAUCGCCUUGAAGGUAUACGACCAGGUCCGGCGCCCACGCACACAACGUAUCGUUGAGUCAAGUCGAGGCACAGGGUUGAUCGCGCUCGGCUUGGGUGAAGAGACGAAGCUGGACCUGGGACAACUGAAAGCGAAGUUGUUGCCAAGGUGGGAUUUCAUUAUAGAUUUCGACAACAAGAAGCACCGUGACGAGGCUCUAGAAAUAUUCCAGAAGGAGUUGAAGUCUUGAAGUUGACCUCAACAGUAGCUAGCAUGUUAAAUACAUACCUUCUCUGGUUUUCAAACUGCAAGAACAUUGAUUAGCGCACGAAACUAUGCGUCCUUAAUGGGU